AUGUCAGCGCAGGAGUACUACAACAACGUCCCUAGUAGCGACGGUAAUCCACCGCAGUACAAUGGUCAACAACAAUACAAUGGGAACUGCCCACAGCAGGAGGGCACUUCUCAGCAGCCUAGCCAAGCUCCACCUUCCAAGGGCUGCGAUGUCAACCUAGAUGGCCAGAUUCAGCAUCGCCAGCCUGGGCAUGAUGGAGGAACCCCACAUCAAAGUAUCCCAUUCAUGCAGCAAUCUCCCAAUGCCAGCGGCGAACGAGGUCUCGGUGCUACCCUCAUUGGUGGUGGUGUCGGAGCUUUUGCGGUCAAGAAAUAUGGCGGCGGAUUGCUUGGCACCCUUGGCGGAGCAGCCGCAGGUGCAAUCGGUGCGAAUAUGAUAGAGCAUGCAUAUAAAAGACACGAGAGAAGAGAACACCGACAUGGUCGCCGUAGCGGUCAUUGA